AGUGGUGAGUAAGAACAGAAGUGGAGAGCCUUACUUACCACAGUUUAUUAUAUGUUUCAUGCCAAUGAUAAUUACUUUUGUAAUGCCUCUCAUGAAUUAAUUGAUCAGAUUAGGAUGAAUCUCCUGUCUGGCCAAUAGCUAUUGGAAUGAUUCUCCACGUGUGACUUGGUUGCAUUAUUACAAAACGUGGCAGGAUAGACCUGCCCUGCCAUCGCGGCAGAUAUUCAUUUGUAAUGCUGCCUUAAGGAGAUGAGGAGAUGAGAGCAAAUUGUUCCAGCAGUUCAGCAUGCCCUGCCAACAGGUCGGAAGAGGAGUUGCCAGUGGGGCUGGAGGCACAUGGGAACCUGGAACUUGUUUUCACAGUGGUGUCAGCCGUGAUGAUGGGCCUGCUUAUGUUCUCCUUGGGAUGCUCUGUGGAGAUCCGGAAUCUAUGGCUGCACAUCAGGAGACCCUGGGGCAUUGCUGUGGGACUGCUCUGCCAGUUUGGGCUCAUGCCUCUUCUAGCCUAUCUCCUGGUCAUCAGCUUCUCUCUGAAGCCAGUUCAAGCUAUUGCUGUUCUCAUCAUGGGGUGCUGCCCAGGGGGAACCAUCUCUAACAUUUUCACCUUCUGGGUUGAUGGAGACAUGGAUCUCAGCAUCAGUAUGACAGCCUGUUCCACAGUGGCUGCCCUGGGGAUGAUGCCGCUCUGCCUUUAUCUCUACACCUCGUCCUGGAAUCUUGAGCAGAAUCUCACCAUUCCGUAUCAGAACAUAGGAAUUACCCUUGUGUGCCUGACCAUUCCUGUGGCCUUUGGUGUCUGUGUGAAUUAUAGGUGGCCAAAACAGUCCAAAGUCAUCCUAAAGAUUGGGGCCAUUCUUGGUGGGGUCCUCAUUGUGGUGGUCGCAGUUGCUGGUGUGGUACUGGCGAAAGGAACUUCGAAUUCAGACAUCACUCUUCUGACCAUCAGUUUCAUCUUUCCUUUGAUUGGCCAUGUCACGGGCUUUCUGCUGGCGCUUCUUACCCACCAGUCUUGGCAGAGGUGCAGGACUAUUUCUUUAGAAACUGGAGCUCAGAAUAUUCAGAUGUGCGUCACCAUGCUCCAGCUAUCUUUCACUGCCAAGGAUUUGGUCCAGAUGCUUAGCUUCCCAUUGGCCUAUGGACUCUUCCAACUGUUGGAUGGAUUUCUCAUUGUUGCAGCAUAUAAGAUGUACAAGACGAGAUUGAAGAGCAAAGACAGAAGAAAGAGUCCGGGUCGUGCACAAGUCUGCCAUAAGAAGUCCACUUCUCCCAAAGAGACCAGCGCUUUCUUGGAGGUGAAUGAAGAAGCCGCCGUGACUCCCGGGCCGUCAGGGCCGGUGGAGCUCCACACAGCUCUUGGGCCGACCGGCUGCCUCUCUUCUCGUGCAUAGUGGGGUGCUGGCCUGACUGGUCCCCGGCUUCCUCAGCGGCCAGUAAACACUGUGCAGAGCUGACGAGUGAACCUUGUUGGCAGGGCCUGUGGGAGUAUUUGACUGUCAGAUGUUAGAAUAUUUAUAUUUUUAUGUGGAUUGUGAAUUGUCAUAGGAUCUCUUUUCCCAGAUGUGUUCCGCCUAUUUCAGGGAAUGCUUUCAGGGUUUUACACAACAUAUUUACUAGCUGCUCUGUGUGUUCCUCUCUUCGCAUGCGGUGAAGAG